GAUCUGUCACACCUGCUUCAUCUGCACGCUCCCUCUUGUUUGCUCAGUCAAUCAAUCAGAUUAGAAACCUUCAGUCCAGCAGAAAUGAUGAAGCACCUGCUGCUGCUGCUCUUGGUGGCUGUGGCCAACGCAAAAAUCUUCGAGCGCUGUGAUUGGGCGAGAACGCUGAAGGCCAAAAACAUGGAUGGUUACCGUGGCAUCAGCUUGGCCAACUGGGUCUGUCUGACCCAACACGAGUCAAACUUCAAUACCCGAGCAAUCAACCGUAACACAGACGGCUCGACUGACUACGGCAUCUUCCAGAUCAACAGCAAAUGGUGGUGCAGCGAUGGCGGCGUUUCGAGAGGCAACGGGUGUGGGAUUCGCUGCAGCGAACUGCAGACAGACGACGUGGAAACGGCGAUCAGAUGCGCCAAACGUGUCGUCGAUGAUCCCAAUGGCAUCGGCGCAUGGGUGGCCUGGAAGGCUCACUGCCAGAACCGAGACCUGAGCAGCUAUCUGAGAGGCUGCAACCUCUGACCCGGAGACCAGAGGCAGAACGGCUGAUGAAACGUUAAUCCAGCAGCU